GCCAGUAUCAACGGGAGCCGUCGAGGGUUGAGCCACCUCCGAAUCGGCAGAGGGAUGCUGUGCAUACAUAUCAGAACUUCCUAGGCAUUCGAGGACCUCAGACCUUACCGAGAUCCCGUCCGCCCCUCUCGCUGAAGUCUUCGAAAAUACGGAGGAGCUUGCAGGAGAAGCCGGAAAAAUGGGGCGUAUACGCUACACGUACCGGAUCGAUUGCGAAAUAACGUCCGCGCGAAGUUGACUCCGCGUAAAACCGUGUUCUCUCUGUUUUUCUCUGUUACUCCCGACUUGCACUCACACUAUCGUUGUCUCUCUUUCUUCUCUUUCUCCCACUCGCCAUCUCUCUCUUUCUUUCUCUCACUCUCUCUCUCUCUCUCUCUCUCUCUCUCUCACGACACUAUCCACCAUUUUUUUUUUAACACAUACAAUCGUCCGCGACAGUCUCAGCUUGUUGACUGAUGUUUCGACACGCGUUAACGGGGUGCUGUGCUUCGUUAAAAGUGUAUUAAUAAUUUUGUGAAUUUCCAAAAGAAAUCUCAAGCUCUGGUGUUACAUCAUAAACAGGACUACGCGUCGCUAGAUCAGCAGUGUCUCUGCACGAGUGAGGAUGACAUAACUCCAGGACGACAAAGUUCACAGUAACUACGUGUACAUGGGAUUACUCGUGGGAAACUUUGUGUUGAUCGACGAAAAAUUGUAUCGCAGGCAUUGCGAACUGCCCUGUCGAAGAUCCCUGAACCGUAUAAGUGCAGUAUCUCUUUGCGUAUACGUCCUGAACUCGUAUGAUACAGGAGCGUAUAGUUCAGCAGUGUCAAUCUCGAUAGGAUCACUUUGAGACUGUAUGCGAAACUUCGCGUACCUGGCGAGUGUCUGACUAACGUCUAUUCUGACGUACGAAAAGCGCCAGGAACGCGUGGACGAUAAACUUCGAUCACGUCCUUGCCAAGGAUUCUCUGAGGUGGCGAAGAGAUGCUAGAUAGUCGCGGUGGGACUCCGCAAGGAAGCUACGACACGUAGCAUGCUCGACGUUCCAACUAACCUCGUGCUCUCGAUUCCAGUGGAUGAUAACCCGGGAACGAUACGACUUCCUAGGUCGCUAUGUUUAUAGUACGUAAGUGAGACACGUCAUUCUCAUCAACGUGUCGUCUUCGGACUUGCUGACGACCCUCCAACCCUUGGAAGAGGAAGCUAAACCGUGAAAGAGGAGACCGAAUCUACGCAACGUAGUGAACUGUGUCCAGCCGAAUGAGUGUUUGUCGACAUGUAAGAAGAAAAUGAACAGCAACAAAAUUGUAUUUCACUGUAUGGUUUGGAGCGGCUAAGGAGAGGUUAAAAUUUACUGGGAUAUCGAACAGUUUUGAUAAUAAUUAUCUUACAAAAAUAUUAACGUACUACUGUCACGGUCUUACGUGUUUACCAAAACAUUUAAUACAUAGGUAUAUAGGGACAUCUCGUUAUUACGUAGGGAGGGACUGUCAGUUAACUGUUUUAGUUAACUCGAUUAAUAGAGUCUCAUAUAACGUGUAUACGUACCGUCGUAUAUACUAGGUACACGCUGUAUCAACGUUAACGUAAAAUAGUUUAGACUCUUGGAUAUGUAUAAUCAUACCUGUACAUAGAAUUCGUACUAGAUACACAGUCGUACAUUUAUUUCACAUUUAUACAUACGUAUAAAUAUGUAUCAUCUGCAUAUACAUAUACUUUGGUAUAUAUAAAAGAUAGUUAUAUAUAAAUAAGUAGGCCAUUCACGUUUAUAAGGUAAAUACAGUGCGCGACCUAUUUAAAGCUGAAAAGCCCUUUCGGAAGCAUGAAUAAUACAAGGCAUAAAAUGAAUUCCCGGGGAGUUAUUUUGGCUUUGGUACUGACGCUUACCCUCAUCUUCGGGGAGACCUUGUCCUUCGUCCUGGAAGGAUCCGCCACGAGCUAUGCACAAUUCCGUAAGUGGAACGCUGCCCUGAACGGCACCCUGGAGCUUGAGUUUAAGACGGAUCAGGGUAACGGGUUGCUGCUGUAUACCGACGACGGCGGCACCUAUGACUUCUUCGAGAUAAAGCUUGUCGAGAGUGCACUACGUCUCAGGUAUAACCUGGGUGGUGGUGCGCAGAUUGUCACCGUAGGUCAUGAUCUUGGCGAUGGUCGCUGGCACAAAGUUCAGAUAACGAGAAAUAACGAAAACACUACCCUGACUGUUGACGGCGUAAGCUCUACGUCUACGUCACGUGGCAAGGAAUUUGAAUUCGGCAAGUUAGGCGGCAAUUCCGAUGUUUACAUAGGCGGAAUGCCUAGCUGGUAUAACAGCAAGUUGACCUUACUUGCUCUGCCCAGUGUUAUAUUUGAGCCACGCUUCAACGGAGUUAUCAGAAACCUAGUGUACGCUGAUGGAGACGGUAUCGUGCCCAAGAGACAGGAGAUGAAGAGUCGGGAUGCGAAGUGCGGAGGAUUUCCAUGCACUGAAAGUGCAAGUCAACGCAAAUCGCCAAGGAGCUUGCGGAGUAUGAUGACGGCUAACACGACAGACGCUUGCGAAACGCGUGAUCCGUGUCAACACGGCGGAAUUUGCAUCUCGACUGACAGCGGCCCCAUUUGCGAAUGUCGCACUGGAGACUACGAGGGUGUUUACUGCGAGAAAGAAGCAUGGAGCACGGUGCUGCCCACGGCGGGUGCUGGUGAUUACUGGGCAUGGGAUUACAACAAAGCACCCUCGGAAGCGUCCUUCAGAGGGACUGAAUAUUUAACGAUCGACCUGAGCAAAGGGGAUCCGAUUCUGAGUACGCAAGAGUCUAUCAGUCUACAGUUCAAGACCAGACAGCCAAACGGACUUCUCUUCUAUUCAGGAGAGGGUGGCGAUUACUUGACGAUAUCUUUAAGAGACGGCGGUGCUGCAGUCGGUAUGACACUGGCUAACGGCCGACUGGAUCUUCACAUAAAACCGGCAAGGGUGCGAUUCGAUGACAAUCAGUGGCACAAGAUCAGCGUUCACAGAAGGGUCCAGGAGAUUUCAUCGAUCACCAGUUUCUGCAGGCUUUCAGCAAUGGUCGAUGGAAUUUAUACCAAACACGAACACACGGCAGGAUCCUUCACUAAGCUGGCGAGUGAUCGACUCUUGGUCGGUGGCGGCGCCGAUGCCAGAUCGCUUCAAGGGGCGAAGGGAAUCAACAACUUCGUUGGAUGCCUUCGCAAGGUCGAAUUUGCAGCGGAGGGUGUAAAGAUGGAGCUGAUAGAGGCUGCCAGGAGCGGUGCCGCAGGAGCCGCGGCAUGGGGCAAAAUGGAUUUCCAUUGUCGGGAACCCAGAACCUCGGACCCGGUCACAUUCACUACGAAAGACUCGCAUCUCGGGUGCCAUGGGUUGGACGUUGAACGUAAGAAGUCAUCGGCGGGAACGAACGCCAAGCGACUACACGGCGCCAUUGUCACCUUCACCAGCCCAGAGUCCCACCUGGUAUUGCCACCUUGGAAAGCUGCCAAAUCUGGAAGUAUAUCGUUCAAAAUUCGUACGAACGAGCCCAAUGGAUUGGUCAUGUACAGUCGUAGCGGAGCUCAUGGUCGGCCGGAUCUAUUCGCCUUUGAAAUGCUUGGCGGACAUCUCUACCUUCAUGCGGACUUAGGAAGUGGUCCCGUUAAAGUAAGGGCCUCAAAACGUCGCGUCGACGACGGAACUUGGCACGACGUCGCAUUACGUCGAGUGGAACGCGACGGUCGCGUCACCGUCGACGAUUCACACGCCGAGUUUCGUACACCGGGUAAGGGGAACAAUUGUGACUCCACUCAAUUAGAUCUUGACGGAUUGCUCUAUAUUGGAGGAGUAGGAGCUCCCUUUGCACCCCUGACAGUGCCGGCAGUAUUAUGGAGCGGAGCUCUCAGAGAAGGCUACGUGGGAUGCAUGAGAGAUCUCGUAAUCAACGGACACCCUGUAGAUAUUGCUGGUUACGCCCAACAGCAGGAUUCAGGUGCCGUGAGACCGGCUUGUCAUGUACAACCCCCUCAUUGUCCAUCUCAACCCUGCAUGCACGGUGGCCAUUGCCUCGAGGGCUGGAACAGAUUUCACUGCGAUUGCACAGGAACACCUUUCACGGGACCUACGUGCGGCAAGGAUGCAUCCACACUGCAUCUGAAUGGGAGUCAACAAAUGACUGCACUGAUGCCGGAGGAUUCGAGGACGCAGGCCGAGGAAGUGGUUGUGCGCUUCAAGACAACAAGGCCACGAGGAUUGCUACUAGCCACCAGCUUGGAAAACAGCUCCGAUCGAUUGCAACUGUCUCUGGAAGAUGGCAACGCGAAAAUGCUGAUCCACAUUGGCGAUCGAGAAAAGGUACUCGUCGCAGGUCAGGGGUUAAACGACGAUAUGUGGCAUACCUUGAGAUUCUCCAGAAGAGCCAGUACGCUGAAAUUACAAAUCGACGACGAGCCGGCUGUCAGAGCUGAAACUCUUCUGGGAAAACAAAGCAUACUCGAAUUUCGCACUCUUCACGUGGGCGGAUAUCUGCACUCCGGCGAGGACGUCCCGCAUUUCGUCGGUCAACUUCAACAAGUCUGGUUCAACGGAUACCCGUAUUUAGAGAUCGCAAGAAGUGCUGGUUCCCAUCAAGGUUCGCAUCAGGGCAUCACGCCGAUCAUCAGGGUCACCGGGAAAUUUGGCAAGAGGAAUCAUCUGGUUCAUCAUCCGGUGACCUUCACGUCGAAGCACACUUUCGUUGGGUUGCCAGUACUGAAAGCUUACGUCGAGACGAACAUCUAUUUUCAGUUCAAGACACGUGAAGCAAAUGGCUUGAUACUCUACAAUGCUGGAAGGGAGAGAGACUUCAUAGCCGUGGAACUGGUCAAUGGACACGUGCAUUACGUAUUCGACCUUGGGGAUGGUCCCGUGAGAGUAAGAGACACUUCGAAGUCCAGACUGAACGACGGCAAGUGGCACGCGGUGAGCAUAGGCCGACCGGCUCCCAAAAGGCACACCCUGGCAGUCGACGACCACGUGGCGGCUGUCAACAGCUUGGGCAGCAACGAGAAUCUGGAUUUGGAUGGAAUACUUUAUAUUGGUGGCGUGGAGAAAGCACAGUAUGCUCAAUUGCCGAAACACAUACUCAGCCGACAUGGAUUCGAGGGAUGCCUGGCGUCUCUGGACCUCAGUGGCGAGAGUCCUGAUUUAAAGGCCGACGCUGUUGUUCCUAGCUCCCAAGUGGAAUCCGGAUGCGACGCUUACACGAAUCUUCAUCCUGGCAAAAAGUGUACUCACGACGUCUGCUCCAAUCACGGUACUUGCGUACAGCAAUGGAAGAGUUAUACAUGCGAUUGCGACAUGACCAGCUUCACUGGACCUACUUGUAAAGAUGAAGCUACAGCCUAUGAGUUUGGUCCUGGACGAGGACUCAUCACGUACACCUUUCCACCUGAUCGACGACCGGAGAUGAAGAAGGACACCGUGGCUAUGGGCAUCGUCACGGCUGUUAAUGACGCUGUGCUACUUCGAAUAGAAUCGGCUUCGAGCAACGAUUACUUGGAAAUUGAAAUUGUCGAAGGAAACGUGUUCGCCGUUUACAACAUGGGCACGAACGAUCAUCCAAUUGGCGAGGUUGGUGUCAAGGUAAACGACAAUCAAUACCACGUAAUUCGAUUAACCAGGACCGGAGCGAACAGCACUCUCCAGAUCGAUGACUACAAUCUGCAGGCCAAUCACCCAACAGGUCACCAAUUGACAGUUUUCAAUAGUCAAUCGACUAUACAGGUCGGAGGUCGUUGGAAUCGCAGUAAAGGAAGAGUGGAGAGACCGUUUUUGGGUGUAAUCUCAGGAUUGGUCGUUAAUGGAAUUAAGAUUUUGGAAUUGACAGCGGAAAAGGAUGGGAAGAUUAUGACCAGAGGAGACGUACAGCUACUACCAAUUGGCAGUGUGCUGGACAGAGCGGCGCCAUUGCAAAGGAUGCAACAGACACCAGCCUCAGGAUUUCCGGGCGUGAUGGACGAUUUAAUAUUCUCCGGAGCCGGAAGUGGCUGUUCUGGGGAUGACGAAGACGAGGAGUGCACACCUAUUUAUGAGUCUGGUUCCGGUAAGUACGAUCUGAUAACUCCGGUCUACGUUGCUCCCACGAGGUCGCCGGUUACUCCCAAGCCAAAAAGUGACAAGGAGAAUGUUCCAGAAAGUUCUUCCUGCGACGACGAGGAAGACUGCGAGGAGGGAUCCGGCGAUCCGAGCACCACGGAAGAUAUUUUCGUGACAUCGACUACUGAUUCGAGCUCAGUGACGUACGCCACGCAACGUGCAACUUCGACAAUUCAUGUAACUACGCAAACCUUUGGAUCAACGUCGCCAAGAUCUACUGUGAUCAACCAGUACAACACAACCAAUGUCAGCGGUGAAAGCGGACUCGAAAGCACGGUAACACAUCUCACCAGCAGUCCAACCACGUCGAGUACAACGACAACGGAAAUGACAGACCCACCGCCGCCGCCACCGCCACCGUACCCACCGAUUCCUACACCCCCGAAAAACAACAACAAUAACCGAAUAACGUCUGAGGCGGCAGAGAACGCCGCACUCAUAAUCGGUAUCAUAGCUGGUGCCCUCAUAGCGAUAGUACUAAUAAUUCUGGUGAUCCUGAGGUUCAAGAAUCGUCCAGAAGCCAGCUACAAGGUUGACGAAAGUAAAAACUUCUGUCAGGAUCCAAAUGCUGCACUCCUCGGUGCGGCUGGCUCCGGACAGCCGUUCAACGGUGCCUUGAAGAAUCCUGCGAACGGCAGUAAAAACGGUAAAAAACGAGAACUCAAGGAUAUUAAGGAGUGGUACGUGUAAAAGGACUUUGUCCUUAAUCCGGGACGUUAGUAGUGCGUGAAAUUAAUGAACCAGAUGAAUUUCUCGCGAUAAAUAGAUUUUUAGGAGAAAACAUAUGGCUAACUUUUAACGUGGAUAUCGAACGAGCCGGUACGUUCUGCGUGUAUUUGAUUGUGUCACGUGAAAUGCGAGAAAUUAACAAUGGAAUCUGUUUUAAAAAUUUACAAAAUCUACGUAGUGCGAAAGCGUUUGCUACGUUCUUUAUCGUAACGGAUGAUCAUCACGAAUCGAAUGAAGUAUUUUCGUGGAGCUUAUCGGACUCCUCGUCUUAACAGUCGCUGUAAUCGUAUUUUUAUCUCGUGCAAGCUCACGCGACGUACCGUAUCGUAUGAUGGUCCUGUUGGGUACUCUUCAAAAUUUUCGGGAAUAAAAUGAAGCGAGCCAAGACUGAUUGUGUUACAAAAAAAUUUUAAAGGUUAAUACACUAAAGAAACGCCGCACGAGAGUGUGUGCCCAAUGCGUGUGCAUAUGUGUGGCUGAAAAUAAAUUGUGACGUAAUUAUACCGACCGCCAUAUGCUCGUGGUAACGGUGUAAAAAUGUAUACUGAUAACAAAAAAAUAUGCUCUUAGCGACGAUAAGAUAGUGGAAUUUGUUUUGUUAGACAAGCACACUAUUUUAAUUCCAACACUUUUGACGUCGUGCGACAUGCGAUGAGCAUACGUUAGGUUACGUAGAAAAAAUGCGAUUACGUUUUUGUUUACAAAUAGAAAUACGUUGUUUAAGUGAGGCUGGAAAUUGUGAAUUUAUUGCUAGUGUUCCUUAGGAUCGAAUGAAGAAAAGUGUUGGAGGUAAAAUUAAAUGGCGAAAGUAUAAUAUAAAUUGAUCCUAUCUAGUAACUAUUACACUUAUUGUUGUAUAGAAAAAAAAAAUAUAUAUAUAAAAUAAUUAUGUUAUACGUGUAAAUUGUUUAUUAAAUUAUAGAUUUUAAUAAUAAAGAGGUCAGCGUAGUCUAUACAUAAUUAAUACGGAACAUUGAUAAAAUUACUCGAUAAAUAAAAAAAAAAAGAAAAUCGAGGUGUUCCAUGUUUAAAGCAUAAAGGCACCCUAGAGAAACCGGAAUACAAGUGGAAAAAAAAAAAAAAGAAAUGGAAACUGCAGGAGGAUAAAAAAUUGGAGAUAAAAGUCUAUAACGAUUAAGUAAAGUAGCGUGCAUAGUGCUUAUACAUACACAGGGUGCGAAUGCAGUAUUGCCAAUAAAAAUUAAGAGGUGUUAAUAAAACGUAAAUCCGAUAGUGAUCAUCGAUACGAAUUCUAAGCGAACGGAUGCCGUUUUUUGCGCGCACGUUUUACUCGAAGGGCCGUAGAUAUUCAAAAAAAAAAAAAA